AAAAAGCAUCGCUCAAGAUGGGGAAAUACUACUGCGACUACUGCGAUAUCUACCUCACCCACGACUCUAUGAACGCCCGCAAAGCACACAAUUCGGGUCGUAAUCAUGUCGCCAAUGUUCGAGACUACUUUGCCGGCCUGGGAGGGAACCAAGCGCAGAGUCUGAUUGACCAAAUUAUCCAACAGCACGAAAGCGGGGGUAGAAAUCAGAUGAUGAUGGCGCCGAGUAUGCGGUUGGGUGCGGGGUUCAUGAAUCCCCUGGCUACUCAGCCUGGCUACCCCGGCCCCCCUCCUCCCGGAGCAUUCCCCACUUUCCCCCCUACAGCCGGUACACCCCCCUUCCGUCCUCCUUUCCCCCCAUCCUCAGCACCCGGUGCUCCUCCCCCUACCAUGCCGCCUUUCCUCCCUCCCAACGCUUCUGCCGGUGCCGCACCCGGUAUCGGUAUGGGGAGCACGCCCCCUUUCCCACCUAACACCGCGUCACCGAACCCCGGUAUGCCGCCGUUUAGACCACCGAUGGGGAUGGGGAUGCCUCCUGCUCCUGCUCAGGCACAAGCACAAGGAUCACCGAUGGGGAUGCCACAGCAGGGACAACAAGGGACGUUCACACCCACGCAAGAGGUUCCUCAAGGUGCUGGGGCGGGAAUACAUCCUGAUCGAUUGAGGAUGUUGGGACAAUAGGCGGGGUGGUGAUGGUGUGUGUGUGCAAACAAGGAAAGAGAUUAGACGGCAGAUGGGAAGGAUCAGGUUAGGCCGAGAUUAAGGCAAUGUAUCAUCCGUUAUAUACCUGCAUACCAACCGAGUUUUUGGGCCUCGCAUUCAGAAGUGUGAAAUUGUUGACGGUGUAGAUAUUUUAACUAGACCAAGAGACUAUGUAGACACACAAAAAAUUCG